GGUUUUACUAGAAUCGGUUAAUAAUAAAUUUAAUUUGAGUGACAUUUACCAGGAAUAGUAAUUUGUAAGUAGAAAGCCCAAGAGUGAAAGUUAAAAAAGUAUAAUAUAUGAACUUGGAAAUCAAAUUGCUCAACUCUAAAAUAGGAUGAGUUUGAAUGAAAUACUCGCAGAUUCUCAAUGAGUUUCUGUGCUGUGCUAUUUUUUAAUCGGCAAAACUUGCACCGAUUCAGUUGAAAAGAGUGAUGCGAAACUAAAUAUCUCGAUCAACCGUUGCAAAUGUUUGCGGUGACGAGCACGGCGAAGCUCGGGAUCGAGGAUGAGCAUUUUAAGUCUGCUGUGACGAUCUCCAAGAAUAAGAAUGUCGCACGCAGGAAGAAUCGUCGUUGGGAUAACGACGAAAACGAUCCCAGAACGUUGCGCCUUAUGCGAGUUAAGGGAUUUCCACGGCUAUUGCCCGAAGGAAUUCUCGCCUUGGCCGAUUAUUGUCGAUGGCUUCGCGAAUUAUCUCUAUCGUAUGCUUUGCUGAGCGACGAGCUGCUCCUAGCGUUGUGCUCGGUAAAGCAAAUCCACUUGGAAACUCUACGAGUGGAGGCACACCCGGAAGCGAAGCCUCUUCCACGUGUUAGCGAUAAAGCGUGGUCUGCGCUUUCAAGUCGUUUGCCCGACAUAAAUCUUGCGCUAUUGUCUUACAUGACCGACGACGAUGAUCAAAAAUUACUCUUCACGUCGCACCUUCCUGUAACGCACUUGUAUCUCGGCGACGCAACAUCGGAAACUAUAAUGUCACGGAUAAGCAAGCAAUGUCCACGAUUGAUAGAGUUAGUUAUCGCCGCCUACGGGUCUGGUCCGAUUGAUCGGUUCCUGAUUUCCGUGGCCAAGGGCUGUUCGCGGCUCAGUGCCGUCAGUUUGGGCAAUUGUGAAAUUACUUGUUCUGGAUUAGCGAAAUUCGUUGCAUUGUGCGCACAUCGUCUGCAGGUACUGUAUGUUUCGGAAACAUCGCUGAUAGAAGAUGCGGACUUGGAUAUCGCUCAAGUGUCGACGAACUUAUCUUCGCUCCUUGGUCGAACGUGGGUACCAGAGUACGUACCAUUGUGGUAAUCUCCUGAGAAGUGAAAAAGAGGUUUCAACAAAGUUUACAGCCGCAACGGGAUACAUGACGAAAUAAAAUAUUCACGACGUACUUUUCUAUUUUUCACAGAUUACAUAAUAACUUACAAAGGUGUUGCAAUGUCGAACAGAAAAUUUAACUUAUUCACUUUUAUAUAAUGCUUAUAACAUUUGCAGUAAAGUACUAAAAAUCCGAAAUAUAGUCUCGAGACAUCUCACGCUCAAUAUCGUUCUGUAUGUUAAAUUAGCGGUAUCUCAGAAAUUAAUUGAUCGUUGCUGUUGAUACCAAAAAAUAGAAACUUUAUUAGAUUAUAAGAGUAGUUUUUUUUUAGAUGUAAUAUAUAUAUAAAAUAAUGUAACGUUAUACUAUAGCACUUAUCCACCAUCGUCGUGUAUGGCAGACCCGUGUAAUAUUCAAUAUCCAUCAUACGUAAUGUUAUGAUAUAACAGUCUGUAUAUACAUUAUAUCUACAUUAUAAUAUAAUAGAUGAUUGGGCAUUCAACAUUACGAUGUCCAGCAACAUUAACAGCAA